AUGAGCGAGCAGGCGGACGUCUGGGAGCGCCUCGUCAAUCAGAUGGAAGUGGCUUCCAAGAUCCCGGGUAUCGCAGUCGAGAAGCUGGGCCAUAUUGAGGAUUUGUCUAUGGGUCCGAAGAAGAAGACGAUAUCUAUUGAAAUCAAGCGUGAAAUCAUUGAAAAACAUGAGCAAGGUGUGCGAGUAGUUGACUUGGCGAGCAUGUAUGGUCGUAGCGCAUCAACAAUAUGCACUGUGCUCAAACAGAAGGACUUGGUAAAGGGUACAACGACAGCUAAGGGCACUACAAUAAUUUCAAAGCGCCGUACUUCACUCAACGAAAAAAUGGAAAACCUGCUGAUGGUGUGGAUGACAGAGAAGCAGCUUCAAGGAGGAACUUUAACAGAAAGCAUCAUAUGUGAGAAGGCACGAACGAUUUACGAUGAUUUACUGAAGCAGAUCUCACACACUUCCACAAACGAGGAAUUGGAAAACUCGUUUAAAGCGAGUCGGGGCUGGUUUCACAACUUCAGGAAAAGGACCGGCAUUCACUCCGUCAUUCAUGCAGCUGAGGUUUGCAUCAAAACGUUUUUAGAGCUGAUUAAAGCCGAAGAAUACAUCCCCCAGCAAGAGCUGACGACCGAGGAGUUGCACGAUCUGCUUUCACAGCAGCAUACGGUUGCUCAACCAGAAAUUAGUUUUCAAGAGGAGCCAGAUAUGGAGGCUGUUAUCUCUACAAGAGAUAUAAAGGAGAUCUUGGGAAUGUGGCAAAAACUCAAAACAUGCCUGAAGUCGACGGCUCCGCUACCCAAGCGUCUGCCAUCGCUGUUGGCGCUCGACACUUCGGCCUUCGGCGGCCGACCAGCGUCACCGUCGGCGCACGGUGCCGGCGACUCAUCGCCCGAUGGCAGUUUCGUAGUCGGCAUCACGCACACGUACACACGGGAGUGGGAUACAUUCCAUAUCGUUUAA